CAUAUAUUGAUUAUUUGUAGGUUUCUUGGAUACGGAGAAAAGACUUCCAGUUGCUCACUGUCGGCUUAUCAACACAUAGCAGUGACAAACGAUUUUUAGUUGAGCAUACUCGUCACAUGGGCCAUUGGUCGCUGAGAAUUAAGGCCGUCAGGGAAGACGACAAGGGAUUGUAUGAAUGUCAAUUGUCGAUUUACCCUACACAAUCAAUUUUUAUUGAAUUGAAAAUAGUUGAAGCAGUUGCGGAAAUAUCCAAUACUUCUGAUAUUCUUAUUGAUGAAGCUUCCACUCUUCAGCUGCAAUGUAAGCUUAAGGGUGCUACAGAAAACCCAUCUUUCGUAUUUUGGUAAGCUUUAAUAAUAACAGUUAAAA